AUGACAACAAUAGAAACUAUUCAAAACGAUUCUAGCGAGAAAUUAUAUGAUAUAAUUAUUCAAAAACUCGAAUCUUUAUCAAAAAUAAAAUUUGCUGCAUAUCGUGUUGCAUGUAAACUUCGUAUAUUACAAAAAUAUUUAAAAUUAAGUUAUGUUGAUUAUAAUGUUCUUGUACGAGCAUUUAAUACUCAUCAAUUACAAUUUGGUGUUGAUACAACAGUAAUAUCAUUUGAAAAUGCACGAAUAGUUUUAGUAGCUAUUUAUCAAUUGAUAUCAUCAUAUCAUUUUAAUGAAAUAACUAUUGAAGAAACAGUUGAAGCAUCAUUAAAAUUUUUAUGUGAAAUUCUUAAUGUAAAAUUAGGUGAAGAUUUUGAUCUGAAUUCAUUUAAAAUAAUUCUUUUUGCAUUAUCAAAUGCAAGAUUACCAGAAAAAUAUCGAUGUUUUUUCCGACAAAUAACUUCACCAAAUGUAAUUGCAUCACAAGUUAAAUUAACAGAACUUUUUGAAAUACUUUUAAAAUUACCAAAUCAUUUUGAUAAUGUUGAUUCAUUUCAUGUGGAUAGUAUACCUGCUUGUGUUCAAAGUUGUCUUGAUCAUACUCAUGAUGGAAUUAUUCGUGAAGAUAUAUUUGUUAAUUGGAUGAGUCGUGAACCACAAACAUUAGUAUGGUUACCUACAUUACAUCGUUUAAUAGCAACUGAAACAGUUCGUCACGAAGCUCAAUGUAACGUUUGUAAAACAUAUCCACUCAUUGGCAUGCGCUAUCGUUGUCUUCGAUGUUUUAAUUUUGAUCUCUGUCAAACAUGUUUUUUUACGGGUGAUCAUGGACAAAAACAUGAUGGAACACAUCCGAUUGAAGAAUAUUGUAAACAAGUAACACCAUUUGAAGAUUUAAAAGCAUUUUUUGAAUUUAUUAAACUUAAAGUUGGUAAAAAUGAACUUAAACGUAAAGAACGUUAUCUUACUAUUGAACGAUCGAAAUCAUCUUCUGAUGUACAAGUUCAAAGUUCCGAUCAAUUAGUAACUAAAGAACAUCAUUCCUUAAAUCGUCAAGAACAAACAAUUAAAAAACCUCAUCUUCAAGAUAUAUAUCGUCCAAUAACAAAAACUGAAACAGAUGAAAUAUCUUCACAUGAUGAAGAAAAAAUUCCUUUAACUACUCAAAAUAAUUCUUCAAUAGAUGAAAAAAAGAAAUUGAAUAAUGAUGAAUCUUUAGUCAAUAAUGAACAAAUAAAUGCUAAAAAAUUAAAUUAUAUAACUAUUGAGAAAAAGAAAAUUUCUUCUCCAAAUCAAACACAAUUAUCUGAAGAUGAUGAUGCACCAAUACUUAUGCCUAAACAACAUAAACCAAUAAAUAAAUCUUCAUUAAGUAAUCAACAUACGGAAGGAUUAAUUCAAUCAGAACAUUAUCAGUUACCACCAAAAGAUAAAGUUAAUGAUAAUGAUGAAGAUGAUGAUGAAUAUCGACCACCAUUACCACCAAAACAACGUCAGAAAAAUAAUAUAUCUCGAGCACUUGUGUAUGAUUUUAUUGGUAGUGAAUUACAAGAAUUACGUGCAACUCUUGCUCAAUUUGAUCGAAAUUCAUCAACUGUUUAA